GAAGGGGCUGGGCUCUAUUGGGGGCCACUGAGCGCCGCUCCGGGACUGGGGCUCUGUGCGGGAGUCGAAGGGGGCGUCUGCACCGCUGAGGGUAGACACUCCGGGUCCGAGGCGGAGGGGUGGGGGCACAGAGCCUGCGCCCCCCCCCCCGUCACCCCGGAGCGCAGAGAUCUGCUUUCUUGGUUUUGCUUCUCUUUCCCCCCACCCCCACCCGGGGGCUGGGGCGAGGGGAGUCGGGUUACAGGGUGCUUGGGGAGGGGGGCUUAAGGGGUGGGUCUAUCUUUCUAUCUCGCUUUCUUCCCCCCUCCCCAGUUCUUUGUUCCCCCUCCCCACACACACCCCUCCUCUCCUCUCCCCUCCUCUCUCCUCGUCUCCCUUCCACCACCUCUCUCUCUCCCUCUCUCCCCCAGCUUUUGUUUCGCCAUGCCUAGUCUAGUGGUAUCUGGAAUAAUGGAAAGAAAUGGGGGCUUUGGAGAACUAGGAUGUUUCGGGGGAAGCGCUAAGGACCGAGGGCUGCUGGAAGACGAGCGCGCCCUUCAGCUGGCUCUCGAUCAACUCUGCCUCCUGGGUUUGGGGGAGCCCCCCGCCCCCACGGCGGGCGAGGACGGGGGAGGUGGGGGGGGCGGCGCCCCCGCGCAGCCGGCCGUCCCCCCACAGCCAGCCCCGCCCCCCGCGGCGCCCCCGGCCGCCCAGACCGCGGCCCCCGCGGCGCAGACGCCCCAGCCCCCCACCGCCCCCAAAGGGGCGAGCGACGCCAAGCUCUGCGCUCUCUACAAAGAGGCCGAGCUGCGCCUGAAGGGCAGCAGCAACACCACGGAGUGUGUUCCGGUGCCCACCUCUGAGCACGUGGCCGAGAUCGUGGGCAGGCAAGGCUGCAAGAUUAAGGCUCUGAGGGCCAAGACCAACACCUACAUCAAGACACCUGUGCGGGGAGAGGAGCCGGUGUUCAUGGUGACAGGGCGGCGGGAGGAUGUGGCCACAGCCCGUCGGGAAAUCAUCUCAGCAGCAGAGCACUUCUCUAUGAUACGAGCCUCACGCAACAAGUCUGGUGCUGCCUUUGGGGUGGCCCCUGCUCUGCCAGGCCAGGUGACCAUCCGUGUGCGAGUGCCCUACCGUGUGGUGGGCCUGGUAGUGGGCCCCAAGGGGGCGACUAUCAAACGCAUCCAACAGCAGACCAACACCUACAUCAUCACCCCCAGCCGGGAUCGCGACCCGGUGUUCGAGAUCACCGGUGCCCCCGGCAACGUGGAGCGUGCCCGUGAGGAGAUCGAGACGCACAUUGCCGUGCGUACUGGCAAGAUCCUCGAGUAUAACAGUGACAGCGACUUCCUGGCAGGGAGCCCCGACGCAGCGCUGGACAGCCGCUACUCCGACGCCUGGCGGGUGCACCCUGGCUGCAAGCCCCUCUCCACCUUCAGGCAGAACAGCCUGGGCUGCAUCGGAGAGUGUGGCGUGGACUCGGCCUUCGAGGCUCCGCGCCUGGGUGAGCAGGGCGGGGACUUCGGCUACGGCGGGUAUCUGUUUCCGGGCUAUGGCGUGGGCAAGCAGGACGUAUACUAUGGCGUGGCGGAGACUAGCCCCCCGCUGUGGGCGGGCCAAGAGAACACGCCCACUUCGGUGCUCUUCUCCUCCGCCUCCUCUGCCUCCUCCUCUUCCGCAAAGGCCCGAGGUGGGCCUCUGGGUUCACACCGCUCUCCUGCAGCCUCUGCCGGGCCAGAGCUGGCAGGACUCCCUCGGCGCCCUCCCGGAGAGCCGUUGCAGGGCUUCUCCAAACUCGGGGCGGGUGGGCUUCGGAGCCCCGGCGGCGGGCGGGAUUGCAUGGUGUGCUUUGAGAGUGAAGUGACUGCCGCCCUCGUGCCCUGCGGACACAACCUUUUCUGCAUGGAGUGUGCAGUGCGCAUCUGCGAGAGGACGGACCCGGAGUGUCCGGUCUGCCACAUCACCGCCACGCAAGCCAUCCGAAUAUUUUCCUAAGUUCCCUGCUCCUGGUCUCCUGGGCCCGCUCCCUGGACCUGUUUUCCAUAAGGGCCUUCUAGAAAUCAGUGACUACAGGGCAAGGUGCUUAGAGAUAUUUGCUAGCUGGGGUGGGGAGGGGAGGCUGGUGUGGCUUAAGGGUGGGCCACUUUCAGAGCCUUUGGUUACCCUACCCUGGAAAGAUUGGGAGGGGGCCAGACAGAAAGUUUUACUAGAGUUACAACUCUGAUACCUCAACACACCCUUAAAUCUGGAAGCAGCUAAGAGGAGCUUUUGUUUAGUCAAAGGUGGCCACUAAGACAUCCUGACCUUUUUGCCCUCCCCAACAGUGUGUCACUUUGCCCCUUCUUCUGUGGGGGAGGUGGGGAAGAGGGAGAAUUGCCAUCCAUAUCUAGAGGUGCUGGCAACCCCCACCCCCUCUGGUCCUGACCUCCCACCUCCUAACAUGACCCUUUAAACUCUCCCAUUCCAGAGUCCCCAACAGUCUAAGGGAGAUGAGGGCCUAUUAAAGAUCUGGGUAGAUCUGGGGUAGAGGAUAUCUAUCAAUAAAGGGCUCAUAACUCAUCUGUCCCCUCCAAGCUGGACCAGAAGAAUCUGGAGAGAGGGGCUUCAGUCAUCCCCUAUGCGCACACACACUCCUCACUUCACGUUUUCCCCCUUCUUCCCUUCCUCUGGGUUUCCCCUUUCUCCAGUGCUUUUCUCUGUCCCUCCCUCCCCCAGCUGGUUUUUCUAGGUCCCUCUUGUUCCUCUGUCUUCCCUUCUCUCCUUCCUGCUGCUUCCGGCCCAACUUUGGGGAAUCCAUCUCCCUGGGAAGUAGGGAGAAAAUUCUGAUAGACACUCCCACCCCCACCCACAGUUCUCUUCAGGCAUGGGAUAGCCCUCUUCGCCACUCCUCCAAAGAAUCAGUUCUAGUUCUUGAUGGACAUAAAGGGUCAACCCCCAACCUUUAUCAUCUAUGAGCAUUAUAUUUAGGGAGCAUUUCUUAGCCUUGAUUUUCUGGCUAUGGGAAGGGAAAGCCAGAAGCAGAAAAUGGCCUGGGGCAGGAGAGUCAUGGCUGGAAGGACUCCCCUCUCUUGCAGUGGCCUACCCCCUGACCCCUCUCUGGACCUGACAGAACCAUUAUUAUUUAGCUGCAAAUUAUGAAGUCUCUUGUCUCACCCGCUGGUUGAGGUGAGAGGCCAGGUCUUUGGUGAGGGGUCAGGCCAAGGUAAAACAGGAUUGGGGUACAGCAGGGCUUGUUCUAAGAAUCAUGUAUUGUGAUAGGCCUGGCACCCCUUUGCUGCCCCUGUCGAGCCCCCCAUCCCCCAUUGCUCUCUUGGAUCUGACAUCAGCCUCCCAAUCCUCCUGGUUCCGCUGGCCGGGCAGGAGAAACUGAGGAGUGGGGAGGCCCAGAGGGCCAGGAGAUGCUUGUAUGUAAUGGGGUGGGGGGUGGGUGGGACUGGUUUGAGAGUCCUGUUCUUCCUGAAUGGAGAAAGGAUUGGGGAAUGAAGGCACAGAGGGAAUUCCUCUUUCUCCUUUGCCUGUUGUGAAUAAUUUUGCCUCUCCUUAGCCUUCCCCUCCAGACCACCAGCCUGGGAGGGAAGAAGAAAGGAGGUCACAGACCCUAAAACAGGCCUGUGAUGGCUUCCCUCCUCCCCACCAGUGUGAGCCAUCUUGAGAUGUCUGUACCAUAGAAACCAAACCAAAUGGGCACCUUGGGUUGCCCAGGGGUAGUUGGGGGUGGGGUGGGAAGAAGGAUGUCUGUCUGUUAAUCCCCCUCUCCACUCCUUACCCACAAAGGCAAAAGACUGUUACUCUAGGGGCUCCAUUGAUCCAAUCCCACCCUAACUGAGUGAGCCAUACCUAGAAACAAGCGCAAAACACUGAGCGAGCGACAAAACAGGAGAGAAAGCAAGAGAGGGAGUGAGAUGGGUGACCAACAGAGGAGAGGAAACAAAAAUAGCAAAAAAGAAAAAAAAGCAGUUCUUUAUAAUUUAAUAUUCUAUUUUAAUAAAGGCGUUUAUUACCGUAUAAAUGUAGCAAAGAACCUGGGCUAAUAUGAAAAAGACUUUUUAUUAGGUAAUUUAUUAUAUGAAAAGGAUAUUUUAUUUUAUGAUAAAGUGAUCCUUAAAAAAAAUAAAAAAACUUUAGAAGGUUUAGAAUAUAUGUAGGGAGAGAAGAAAAAAAUACAUUUGUAUUCAGAGUUAAAUCUUAAAAAAGUUUUUAAUAUAUGUUCGGGAUUAUGUUCCUUUUCUCCCCCACUUUUUUUUUGGGGAGAAAUGUCAUUUGCUUUUCUUGGGGGAGCAUCCUGGGAUGGAUGGUGAAGAGAGGGACUGGGGGUGUUGGUCCCUCUGGGGGCCCCCACCAGUAGAUUGGGUUUCACUCGGUGGGCUCCUCCUCCCCUCCCCCUCACCCCUCAGGGGAGCCGGUAGAGCCAAACAAAGGAAGGGAUUAACCAGAAAAGAAGGAGCUUUGGGACAUGGACUGACUGAGGAUCCUGGGGUGUCCCCUCCUUCACCUCCCCUGUGCCAGGGGCAGUAAGGAGUUGGAAAUCCAGAACCAAGGCCUAUCAGGUCUGUGGGAACCCUCAGAGAGGUGUCAGUUUUAAAGAAAUAGAUUUUUUUAACCAAAAAAAUGAGAGAAGAAAAAGAAGAACCGAGGGGUUUAAAAGAAGAGAAUACUACAAAAUAAUAAUAAUUCAGAUUUAUUUCAUAUAAUCCUAGAGAAAGAAAAAGAAUUACUAGUUACUUAGUAGACAAUAUUCAGAUAGCUUAAAGUUUAGUAGCAUUGUGGGCACCUGAGCCCGGUAGAAUGUAUAAAAGUAUGGAAGAAUAGAGGCCAGUGGCUGGGUUGCCCUGAGCUGCCCUACCUUGGGGAACUGGGCGAAGCAGGUUGCUAGCCAAGACUGGAAGCUUUCAGUCUGCUGGGGUUGAUUCUGAGAAUCCUUGGGUUUUUAAAGCAUGGGCUGAGUACAGGAGGGCACUUAGUACUAGGGUCUUUGAAAGGAUGCACACUGGUCAUCUGAAGCCAGGUGGGCUGGGCUGGAGGCCUGGCCAUCUCUAUCUUUGUUGGGAAGCCCCUACCCUCUCCUAGAGCUCUCAGGGAGGAUGGAGACUGCCCAGCUCUAACUCUCCCAAGCCCAACUGAGGAAGUUUUUGAAGUAUUACCUCAGUCCAUGUUGCUACACACAGAUUCAAGAGCUGGGUAAGCCAUUCCACAGUGGACAUGCACAUGCUUGUCACCGCAAGAGCUUCCAGCACUGAGGAGAUCAGUCCUCCAUCCUGUUCCCAUCCAGCAACUCACAUAGCCUGUGACCUCCAGGCAGCUGUGGGAGUGGCUAUCUGGGUAGUUGUCACAUCUGUAGGUUUUUGGUUUUGAUUUUUUGAGUUUUUAAUUUUUUUAAAAUUCUUAAGACAGGGUCUCUACUUAGGCUGUCCUGCAACUCACUACUUAGGCCAAGCUGGCCUUGAACUAGCAGCCAUCUUCUGUUUAGCCUCCGAUUGCUGGUAUUACUUUACCAUAUCAUAAAAAUUAGAUUCAGAGAAAGACUUCCUACCCAGGAGGUGGAGUGGAAAUACUGUCCAAAGAGGUCUGGGAGAACUCACUCCCCAAAGUACAGAGGUGGUGGAAGGGUGCUAGGAACUUAGGUGACUUUUGUGUUCCAGCCCCUCUCCAUCUGUGUUCAGAUAGGGGUUACCCACAGUGCCCUGGCCUAGGGCCACUUCACCUUCCCUACAGAAAAUUGGGAGCGUGGCUUUUGCAUGUGAGGAAUAAGCAUUGCUAAGCACUUGCCUUCUACGAGUCCCAGUUAACAAUCUGAUUUAAGAUGGGGAGAGGCCUGUUGGUUUUCUUUGGGCAAAAACAGUAUACCAGUGAGUGCUAUGCUGCCCCGUGACCUACACCCCAAACACAUCUCCCUCCCCAAUUUACUCUUCUCACCCCAUUUAGAGACAAGAGGUCCCCCUGCUCUUUUUGUCCUAGGACCCUCAAUAGUUUGGGAUGGUAGCACCUGGGAAGAGGGAGGGCCUCCCCUUGCCCACCUGAGGAUGCGUGCUUGAGGGGUCGGGUGGGUGGGUGGAGACAGCCCUGGGGCAGGGAAGGUGGUCUCUCCACUGUAGAAAGUAGAGUAGGAUCGUGGUCAGACUUAAUUUGAGGCAUCUAGUAACACGUACAAUCCACCAAGGAAAAAGUUUUCAAAUGCAAAAUAAAGGCGGGAAAUAAAAUAGACCCAUGAAUAAUCGAGUCAAAGUGAUGUUGCACAAAAUGCAGAGAAACCAAGAAGGGGAGGGUUAAUGUAUUAAAUGUGCUAUU